UCUUUGUUCCGUUAUUUUCAAUUGUUGUUGAUCAGUUGAUAACGUGAAACGUGCAUUGUUCUGAGUUAUAAUAUAGCUGAUCUUAACUUAAAAGUUAUGUAAUGAUGGCUCACUCUUUGAAAGAAAACGAGCAUCAUGGUGUUGAUUUACCUGAUAAUAACCACGAAGAGGAUAAAAGUAAUGUAAAGAACGGGUAUGCCAAGGAUCAACGUGAUGCGUUACCUGAUGCUUUAGGUAGUUCUAAAGGGAUUUAUGGUAAUACUGUUGCUCGAAUGCCAACAGAGAAGUAUGCUACCCAUUAUAAUAUGAAUCAUAAAAUUCGCGGAUUAGCUCUGAUCUUCAAUCAUGAAUUUUUUGAUAUACACAAUCUGAAGCCAAGGACUGGGACUGAUCAAGAUCGUAAAAAUCUAGAAGAAGUUUUGAGAAAACUUGGGUUCGAAGUUGUAGUCUUUCAAGACUUGAGGUACCAUGACAUCGAACUCCAGAUUAAACAAGCUACUAAGUAUGAUCACACCGAUCACGACUGCCUGUGUGUAGCCGUGUUAACACAUGGAGAUACAGGAAUUUUGUAUGCCAGGGACACGCAGUAUAAACCGGACAUUCUAUGGACUGGUUUUUCAGCCGAUCGUUGCCCUAGUCUUGCGGGUAAACCAAAAAUUUUCUUCUUGCAAGCUUGCCAGGGAGAUAAGUUAGAUGGUGGAGUAGUGUUGUCAAGAACUGAGACUGAUGGACACUUAGAAAUUGAUUCAUAUAGAAUUCCAGCUCAAGCAGAUUUCUUAGUUGUUUAUUCUACUGUGAAAGGUUAUUAUUCCUGGCGUAAUACAACAAGAGGAUCAUGGUUUAUUCAAGCACUUUGUGAAGAACUAAGAACAAAUGGUUUUGAUAAGGAUCUACUAACUAUAUUAACAUUUGUGGCACAACGCGUGGCUUUUGAUUUUGAAAGUAAUGUUCCUGACUCGCCCACAAUGCACCAACAAAAGCAAAUACCAUGUGUUAUGAGUAUGCUUACAAGAUUGAUACACUUUACAAGAGGGAAAGAAGGAGCGGAAGAAAUUCAGAAACAAGGCCAAAAACAAGAUAAACCUAAAGGCGUUUUUGGGGGAAUAUUUUCUAAGGGUAAAAAAGUUGAAAAUAUAUUAUAGUAGUAUGUUUUGUAGUAUUAUAAGUUAUACCCCAAAUUGUGUUGAUUAAUUGCAAUAGUAUUAUGUGAUUUUAAUUGUUCUGUAUUUAAGCCGUGCAAUGCAUGACAAAUAGUUCUGUGUUAUUGAAAUUAUAUGUACAUUUUGUACAAGACAAGUAGAUUCUACAUGUAUGUAUUGACUUGAUUAAGGAAACAAAUUCAUAGUUUAUUGGACUUUAGGCAAUUUUUAUAAUGUAAAAAUUAAAUCUUAUGAGAUGUUUGUUUGGGGAAGAUAAAAAUACAUUAUGUAAAUUUAAACAAUGUAGUUAACAUUUUAGAUUUUGUAGUAUAUAGCAUUGUGAUUGCAAUUUGUGAAAUUGAAAUGUGCCAUUGUCUUUCAGAAUGUGUCUUAUGAAAGUCUAAUGUGUUACUGUUAAAUAUUGAAAGUAUCAACGUUUUUAAAAUUGUGUAUACAAUUCCAUUUACUUAAAUAUAUUCUUAUACCGAUCACAGUAGUGAUCUUUUGUACAACGCUGGCUGUAUUUUUACAUUACAUGUAUUUUACCCUUGUAUACACAUUUACAUUUUUAAAACAUAUUUAAUGUAGUUUAGCAAUAAAAUUUAAUGUACCUCUG